AUGGCACCGCUCGUCGACAACUCGCAGAUCAAGUCCGCCGAGCUGCUCCGGCCACUGCCCCUGUACCAACAUGCCUACAUCUGGCCGUUCGCCAUAGUGUGGCCCAUCUUCUUGCGCUUCUACCUCAGCACCGAACUCUACGACAAGUACAUCCAAGCCUCCGAAUGGACUUUUGUCUGGGUCGGCACAAUAGUCACCUUCCAGACCCUGGUCUGGCUCUGCACACACUGGAGCGUCAAUCUCAAUGCUCUGUUCACGGCCAAGAAGGCGCGCUCUGUCGAGGACGCCGAGCUGAUUAAGGUCAUCCCCAUUGCAAAUGCUGGCACCGCUGAAAUCUGCAAGCUGGUGCGCGAAAAGGUUGGAGAAAAGACGAAUAUCUCGUUUCUUUUUCAGAAGCGCCGGUUUCUCUACAGGCCCGAGGCUAAGAACUUCAGCACACUGACCUACGAUAUCGAUGCGAAUCCGAAGCUCGACAAGUUCCAGCUGUCGCGGGGUAUCCAAAGCGAGGCCGAAAUCAAACGCCUUGAGCAACACUAUGGAACAAACACAUUCGAUAUUCCGGUCCCUACCUUCACCGAGCUCUUCAAGGAACACGCCGUGGCGCCGUUCUUUGUCUUUCAGGUUUUCUGUGUCGGCCUCUGGCUGCUGGACGAGUACUGGUACUACUCGCUCUUCACCCUCUUCAUGCUUGUCAUGUUUGAGAGCACCGUCGUGUGGCAACGCCAGCGGACCUUGAGCGAGUUUCGGAGCAUGAGCAUCAAGCCCUACGAUAUCUAUGUCUUCCGUCUCGGAAAGUGGACCGAGAUCCAGAGCGACAAGCUCCUGCCAGGCGAUUUGGUGUCGGUCUCGCGGACCAAGGAGGACAGCGGCGUGGCGUGCGAUAUGCUUUUGGUGGAGGGGACCGCAAUCGUCAACGAGGCUAUGCUUUCUGGCGAGAGUACUCCGCUACUGAAGGAUUCCAUUCAGCUUCGUCCGGGGGAUGCCGUCAUAGAGCCUGACGGUUUGGAUAAGAACUCGUUCCUGUGGGGCGGCACAAAGGUGCUCCAGAUCACUCACGGCAACGCAGACGAGGAGAGGCCAAAAGUUGCAUCAGGCGUACCCCCACCGCCUGAUAAUGGCGCCAUGGCUAUCGUCACCAAAACCGGCUUCGAGACGUCCCAGGGCAGCCUGGUCCGGACCAUGAUCUACUCGACCGAGCGCGUCUCUGCCAAUAACGUUGAGGCGCUGCUCUUCAUUCUGUUCCUCCUCAUCUUUGCCCUUGCUGCCUCAUGGUAUGUGUGGGAUGAGGGUGUCCGCAAAGACCGCAAGCGCUCCAAGUUGCUGCUCGAUUGCAUCCUCAUUGUCACGAGUGUCGUCCCCCCUGAGCUUCCCAUGGAGCUGAGUUUGGCUGUCAACACCAGUUUGUCCGCACUCGCCAAGUUCGCCAUCUUCUGCACGGAACCAUUCAGAAUCCCUUUUGCAGGGCGCAUUGACGUUGCUUGCUUUGACAAGACAGGGACCCUGACCGGUGAGGAUCUCGUGGUUGAGGGCAUCGCUGGCCUUGGCCUUGGCCACUCGGGCACCGAUACACCGCGAGAAUCCGAUGGCGCCCAUAGCCAUAUGAGCGCGGUUCACGAAGCUGGCAUGGAGACUAUGUUAGUCCUCGCCACUGCUCACGCACUGGUGAAGCUCGACGAAGGCGACAUCGUGGGCGAUCCGAUGGAGAGGGCUACUCUUACCGCUCUGGGUUGGAGUCUGGGAAAGAAUGACAUAUUGACAAGCAAACCAGCCGGUUUAGCCACAGGCGGCGUCGUUGGCACCGUUCACAUCAAGCGCCGUUUCCAGUUCUCAUCCGCCCUUAAACGCCAGAGCUCCGUUGCAACCAUCAACUCCACUGAUGUCAAGACCGGCCGAAAACUGAGAGGCACAUUUGUUGCCGUCAAGGGCGCGCCCGAGACAAUCAUGAAGAUGCUUGUUAGCAUUCCCAAAGAUUACGAGGAGACGUUCAAGUACUUCACCCGUCGCGGCGCCCGAGUCCUUGCGCUCGCUUAUAAGCACCUAACGACUGAGGGCGAACUGGGCACGCAAAGGAUAAACGAGCUCAAGCGCGAGAACGUCGAGGCGGACCUGUACUUUGCCGGCUUCCUGGUCCUCCAGUGCCCACUCAAGGAGGAUGCGAAGAUGGCAGUCCGCAUGCUCAAUGAGAGCAGCCACCGCGUGGUUAUGAUUACCGGAGACAACCCGCUGACAGCCGUUCACGUGGCCAAAGAAGUGGAGAUUGUCGACCGUGACGUCCUCAUCCUGGAUUCGCCCGAGCAUAGCGCACAUGGCGAGGAGUCGCUCAUCUGGCGGAGCGUUGACGACAAGGUCCGGAUUGACGUUGACCCUACCAAGCCGAUUGACCCGGAGAUUCUUAAAACCAAGGAUUUGUGCGUAACAGGUUAUGCACUGAGCAAAUUCAAGGACCAGGUCGGCUGGAAGUCGCUACUCCGAUACACCUGGGUGUACGCGCGAGUGUCGCCCAAGCAGAAGGAGGAUAUUCUGUUAGGACUGAAGGAUAUGGGAUACUACACGCUCAUGGCUGGCGACGGCACCAACGAUGUCGGCGCGCUCAAGCAAGCUCAUAUUGGCGUUGCCCUCCUCAACGGAACGCAGGAAGACCUGACCCGGAUCGCGGAGCACGCUCGCAACACUAAGAUGAAAGACCUCUACCAGAAGCAGGUUGAUCUGAUGGCGCGCUGGAACCAGCCGGCCCCUCCGGUACCGGCCAUGAUUGCCCAUCUCUACCCGCCCGGGCCGUCCAACCCACACUACGAAAAGGCGAUGGAGCGGGAGGCGCAGAAGAAGGGCGUUACUGUCGAGCAGCUCGCCAAGGCGAACGGUACCGCCGUCGAGACCAUAACCUCCCCAGCAGCGCAGCAGCUGAUCAACCAAGACCCGAGAAAGGCGAAGCAGGCUGAUGCCGCCAAGAAGGCUUCAGGUCUUGCCGACAAGCUCACACAGUCGAUGAUGGAGGCCGAGAUGGACGACGAGCCCCCCUCACUGAAGUUGGGCGACGCUUCAGUGGCCGCGCCCUUCACGUCUAAGCUCCGAAACGUCGUUGCCAUUCCCAACAUUAUCCGCCAGGGCCGGUGUACCCUGGUUGCCACGAUCCAGAUGUACAAGAUUCUCGCCUUGAACUGCCUCAUCAGCGCCUACAGCUUGAGCGUCUUGUACCUCGAGGGCAUCAAGUUUGGCGACGGGCAGAUUACCAUCAGCGGCAUGCUCAUGAGCGUGUGUUUCCUGUCCAUCUCGCGAGCGAGAUCGGUCGAGGGCCUGUCUAAGGAGCGGCCCCAGCCAAACAUUUUCAAUUUUUACAUCAUUGGCUCCAUUCUGGGCCAGUUUGCCGUGCACGUCGCGACGCUCAUCUACAUUGCCCGAUACUGCGACCAGCUCGAGCCCCGCUCGGAAAUGGUCGACCUCGAAGCCGAGUUCACGCCAUCCCUCCUCAACAGCGCCGUCUACCUGCUGCAGCUGAUCCAGCAGAUCUCGACGUUCGCCGUCAACUACCAGGGCCGCCCCUUCCGUGAGUCCCUGUCUGAGAACAAGGGCAUGUUCUACGGCAUUGUCGGCGUCACGGGCAUCGCCUUUGCCUGCUCGACCGAGCUUGUGCCUGAGCUCAACGCGGCCAUGAAGCUUGUGCCGUUCAAGGACGAGUUCAAGACUACGAUGACGGCCGUUAUGGUGCUUGACUAUGCGGCCUGCUAUGUUAUUGAAGUGGUGCUCAAAUUUUUGUUUAGUGACCUCAAGGCAAGGGAUAUUGCAGAGCGGAGGCCAGAGCAGCUCGAGCGGGAGAGGGUUAGGAAGGCUGAGGAGCAGAGAUUGAAGGAGGAGGAGGAAGAGAAGAAGCGGUUGGAGAAGGUGGCCGAGUUUGAGAGAAAGAUGGAGGAGAAGAGGGCGCAGUUAAGGGCUGCAUGGGGACAGGCGCAGGCGAGGCAGUAG